AUGGCAAUAAAUAGAUCAGACUCUGUCUCGUCAUUCAGCACUGCUGGAUCAUCAAUGUUCACAGAUGCCCAAUCUCGAUUUGUUGACGCUGUGUCAAACGACAUGUCGAGCACAGAAAAACAAGUGGAAAAACAAGUGGUAAAACUAGAUACACAACAACCACAAGAAGAAAUCGAAGGAGUUGCUUCUAAUAGCGAAGUUGCAAAUCAACAAGGCACCGAGGACAAACAAUUGGAGGCCACAGAGGGAGAAAUUGGUGAUGGAACAGCACCGGUGAGAACAGAACAACCAAGUGAAGUCAAACCACCAACCACACGAUUAACCAAGGAGGAAAAGAUCAAGAGAUUAGUGGAAGAACGUAAACAGACGCUGCCAGAGAAAGAGAGUGACUGCCAUCAAUACUUCUUUUCGAAUAACCUCAUCAGCGUUCUUGAUCUCCCUAGUAUAACAGAUGUAUGCUGUAACCUAUUUUCAGUCUGUUGUAACAGCACUGUCAGUGCAGGAACAAACACGGCUAAAGCCAACAUUAAAUAG